AUGAAGCGUUUCGUGUACAAGCUGUCUUGCAGCCUCACAAACCACCUUUUUUACCGUCAAAGUUGGAAUGACUCCCUCCAGUUUCAUUCAAGUCUUGACCGCUGCACGGUGACGAAGAGCCAGACUGGAUAUGCACCGCCCGGCACAAUAUCUCAUGCCCGCCUGCAGCGAUACCGCGUCAGCAUCCCCCCUCCAAGCCCCGGCCCACGAUCUCCAAGGCCUCUUGUAUUUCCCGCUGGGCCAUUGUCAACGGCCGACUUGCCACUACCCAGUGUUGAACGAAGAGCAAAGAGUUUGAGCUUUUUCCCCUGCCGGCGCACAUUGACACAUGUCGCUUCGUGGUGGCUGUACAAAAAAAAAGACGAAAUCAAGCCUCGACAAUGGGGAACAAAACAGGGCUGGCCGAGUUUGCCGUGCCCGGAACCCCCCAAAACACUUUGCCUUGUCCAGGGUCUUUGUUGUCUGCAUGCGCGCGCGGGGCGAAACGUGGCGCUGUCGGCCAACAAGAAGGAUCAACAAGGGACCGACUUGUUGAAAAAGGGUAUCCUCCUCCGGGCACGAAUGAAGCCGUGCCUCAAAGCAAGAGGAAAGCCGGGUUGCCGCCCCCCGGGGGUCUCACUCUGGCAGUUGUCCCGCAGCCUCGCCUGA